UUCUCGCAGCUCAGGCGCGCGUUCGAAGUAGUCGACACUCUUACAGCGACUUUGUUGCGGCUGGAGCAAGGGGAGCAACAUGAAGUUCAACAUUGCAAAUCCCACCACUGGAUGCCAGAAGAAGCUGGAGAUUGAUGACGAUCAGAAGCUACGAGCUUUUUGGGACAAGCGCAUCUCACAGGAGGUUAGCGGUGAUGCUCUGGGUGAGGAAUUCAAAGGCUAUGUCUUCAAGAUCACUGGUGGUUGUGACAAACAAGGGUUUCCAAUGAAGCAAGGAGUGCUGACCCCUGGUCGUGUUCGUCUCUUGCUCCACAGAGGAACUCCUUGCUUCAGAGGAUAUGGAAGGCGCAAUGGAGAACGCAGGAGAAAAUCUGUGCGGGGGUGCAUUGUGAGCCCAGAUCUCUCUGUUCUGAACUUGGUAAUUGUGAAGAAGGGUGAAAAUGAUUUGCCUGGACUCACUGAUAUUGAGAAGCCAAGGAUGAGAGGUCCCAAGAGAGCUUCCAAAAUCCGCAAGCUGUUUAACCUCUCCAAGGAGGAUGAUGUGAGGAAGUAUGUCAACACCUAUCGUCGUACCUUUACAACAAAAUCUGGCAAAAAGGUGAGCAAGGCUCCUAAGAUACAAAGACUAGUCACACCUUUGACCCUCCAAAGGAAGCGUGCAAGAAUUGCGCAGAAGAAGAAGAGAAUUGCCAAGGCCAAAUCUGAAGCAGCUGAGUACCAGAAACUUCUUGCCUCGAGGUUGAAGGAGCAGAGGGAGCGCAGAAGUGAGAGUCUGGCUAAGAGGAGGUCCAAGCUUUCUAGUGCCAAGCAAUCCGUCGCAGCAUAGGCCUCUUUCUGAGAGAAUGUGUUUGUUGAACGCUUAAAAGUGUUUUUUGAUCUUAUGUUUGAGGUUUUACUUUCAAAUGAAUUUUGUGACCAUAUGGCGUGGUAACAUUAGUUUUAUUUAUUGAAAUGCCACUAGUUAAGUGGAAUAUUGAUGCCAAGGCCUGCAGGGACUUGCCAAGACUAAGAAGAUAGUAUCUCCGUUUGAUGAAUUGGCUUUCGUUCUAUUUA